UGCGACCGUUAAAUAUCACGUAGGCGAUGGCCGAAGAAAUAGAGUCCGACGCCCCCGAAGCCGACGACCACGUCGCGCCUCUUGCCCCCCAUGAACCGUCGAUGUUAUCGUCAUCGGAUUCGUCAAAGGAUCUCGUCCAUCGGUCCACCAUGUCCACAGACACCACCACCGGUCAAGAAAUGAGCUAUGUAGCUCAUCAAUCGCCCUUACGGCCCAUAAAGCUGUGUGUCGUUGUCCGCAUCUAUUGCAGCUAGUUUAACUGACUCGCCAGUGGCCGAAGUGACCACGGAUAAUGGUAACAAUGACCGAAGCCAUCCCCUCGCAAGGCGAAGGACCACUA